AAAGUUCAAACAAUAAAACUGAUAAUAUUAAAUAUUUUGAUCUCAAAAAUUGAAUAUCUGAAAUCUGAAUGACCGAUUUCCAAAAUUGUCGAUUAUUGGUUAUUAGUUGUUAAUUUUUAUUCCUGCUUAUUUUUAAAUAUCUAUGUCAUUAUUGCAUUACGAUGAAAUUGAGUGGCGAUACCGUCUUACCUAAUCGGGUACUCACAACUCAUUGUUAUAUGAGAGCACUAUGUAACAUUGCAUACUUGUAGAUGAGCCGUCAAAAUGACAGUCGCGGUAUUGGAUAAAUAUCAUUUGGGCAUUAGUGCCAUUGUUGUUGUGGCUAUGCAACUUUUAUUUUUCACUAUUGCUGUCACAUUUCAGUAUGAUAAAGUGGCUGACUUUGCUGGUGGUAUAAGUUUCAUUUUAGUGGCUGUGCUAACAUAUGGAUUAGCUCAGACGCAUGAUAAUCGACAAUUUAUGGUAACAUUAUUUGUAUGUAUUUGGGGUGCCCGGUUAAGUUCUUAUUUGUUUUAUCGUAUAAUAAAAAUUGGAAGAGAUGCUACUUUUCCAGACAGACGCAGCAAUAUGAUUCGCUUUGCUGUGUUUUGGACAUUUCAAGCUAUUUGGGUGCUUGUUGUUAGCUUGCCUGUUAUUGUUAUCAAUGCGCCCCAUAACUCCAUAAAAGCUGGAGCACCUAAAACAAUGACAACAUUGGAUACUGUUGGCUGUUGUGUAUUCAUUUUUGGUUUUAUUAUUGAAACUUUUGCUGAUUUACAAAAGUAUGCAUUUAGAAGUGAAGAAACAAAUAAAGGAAAGUGGUGUGAUGAUGGUUUAUGGAGUAUGUCUAGACAUCCAAAUUAUUUUGGAGAAAUAGUAUUAUGGUGGGGUGUUUUUAUUGUGUCAUUAAAUGUGAUUGAAGGCCCAGAGUAUAUUGUGGUUGUAUCUCCAAUUUUCACGACAUUCAUUAUACUUUUUCUCUCUGGUAUUCCACAUUUAGAACGAGUUUCGGAUCAUAGAUUUAGAAACAAUACUCAUUAUCAGCUAUACAAACGAUCCACUUCACCAUUAAUACCUAUACCGCCAUCUCUUUAUAUUGAAGUGCCUGGUUUUAUUAAAAUGCUUUGUUGUUGUGAACUACCUUUAUAUAAUUGGAUGAGAGCACAUCCUUCAGAUCCUCCAGAAGCAGCUCCAGCUCCAAAAUCAUCCUAGCAAAAAAAGGGAGCGGGUGUAACUAUGGUACAGAUUACAGAUCGCUCCCAAGAAGGUCCUGUGUACUCCACAGCUACCACAUACGUCUAAAAUAUAAAGUAUCUAUAAAAAUAUUUAUAUGGUUAUGAAUAUUAAAAAACAAAAAGGAAUUUAGGCAGUAAAGGUAUCAUUAAAUAGGUAUUUAUUAAAUAAUCAAUGUACUAUACUACUUAUUUUUAGCUUAUUUAUGAUAAAAUUACUAUUAGUAAAUCUUAUUUUUUAUUCUUAACACAUUUUUUAUUUUUAUUUUUUAGUUGGUUACCUACUUAAAAGAAUUUUUGUAUGUGAGUGUAUAAGUCAUUAAAUAUCAUAUUGUUGUGAUGCCACAGUUCUACUAUUAAAGUGUUAACUUAUAAAGGUAUUUAUAGGUAUUUAAGGUUUGGAAAAUGAGCUCCAACCAUGUAAGGAUGUAAAAAUAAUUUAAAUAAAUGUUAAUGAUACAUAGUUUUACAAUAGAAACACUAAUGAUUCAUAAAAAUACACCUUUUAGAUUUAACAAAUGUAAUAACCUGAAACAUACACGAAAGGAUUAUAAAAUUGUUUUUUAAAUAUUUUUAUAGAUAUUAAUAACUAUAUUAUUCUACAACUUUUAUUUAUUACUUAAAUUGCCUACAUAAUGAUUAAUCAAUUAAAUCAACUUAUCAACUAUCAAAGUCUAUUCUAGAUUAAAUUUUAUUCUUAUACUUGUAAAUUGUCACUAUCAUAUACAUUUUAAAUAAAAAGAGUAAAUUAAUAUUAAUCUGAAAUAAAAGAAAUAAUUACAUAUAUUUUAAAGUUAAAUGAGUCAAUACUGUUUAGUUUUUCUGUUUGUAUUUAUUUUUAGUUUAAUAUUGUUUAGAUUGAGCUGUCUACAAGAUCUUAGGCUAAAGCAUUAUAAGAACAAAAUCAAAAGUACUUUUAAGACUACUUACUUAACAGUUAACAUUAACAUACUUAACUUAAUUUACACAUCUCAAUAAAUAUUAUGAAAAUGUUGUAUUAGAGGCCGUAAGGCAUAUGCAUUCAUAUUAAAUAUUAAUAUAAUAUUAUAGUCUAAUUUUAUACAUUUCUUAAUGUAAGUUUACCAAAAUAUUUUUUUUUAAGUCUGACAGUUAAUCAUAAUUAGCAAUACUUGCACUCAAUAAAAAAGUAGUUAUGUGCCUUUUAUUUCAUAAUAUUUGAUAGUAAAUUAGAUUUAGCUGAUGCUUUGAGAUAGUCAAAAGUUUAAAAUUACCACAAACUUUUCAAAAUAAAUAAUAAUAAUAAAUGUUAUUUUAAAAUGGUACCUAUUACACAAUUAAAAUUUCAAAACAUUUUGUCUAAUAUUAAUAUAUUAACACUACAAACUUAUUUAUAUUAUUCUAUGGUACAUUUGUGUUCAUUUAAAACAAUAAAAAAAUAAUAUAAUAUAUUAUAUUAAAUUUUUAUUAUUAUUUUAUAUCAUAUUAUGAUAUAAAAUUUUAAAAAUUAAUUAAUGUUUUUGGAAAAAAUAGUUCAACUUCUGAUUUACUUAAAGUUAUAUAAAUAAACAAUAAACAAAAUAUCCUUGGAGCCAUGAGGUGGAUCCAACUUCUCCAUUCAGAAUCAUUGAUCUUAUUCAAUGAUUUAUCAUACUCAUUGAUUUCAAAUUUAACACAUCUACUAUAGACAGUCACCUACUCAAUGAUAAGAUGUAUCUUAUUUUUAUUAUUUAAAUUAUUCGCACAAUUAUAUAUUAAUAAUAAUAGUAAUAAUAGUAUUUAUUUUUAGUAUUUUCAAUAUUAUUUAUAAGAUUGGACUCUUGUUAAAUAAUUUUAUUAAUAAUUAUUUGUAAUUUUUCGCUGGCCUAUUUUAAGGCCUAUUUAGUUGAAUUUGAAGUUUUUAAAUUAUUUAAUUGAAUUUUUGAAGUAUUAAUCUAUUAUAAAUAUCUACUAAACUAUCUGAAAAUAGAAGCAUAUUUAAUAGUAUUGUUAGCCAUACCAGGUUACAUUACAAUCCACUUUAUAUUUAAUAAACGAGUUUACAAUUCUUUAAACGUGAUUUAGUGGCCGAUGAUUAGACCAUUAAAUUAAUCAAUUUUUUAUGCAACCUGGCAUAUAUGUAUCUUGUCAUGUAUCUAUUAGCCAAUUGGUUUAAUUUACUUUUAUUUAGGUAUUGAUUAUUCAAAAAUACAUAAAAGCAAUAGUAUCAAUUAUUUGGUAUUCCUAAAGAAUAUAAAUAGCUCAAAAUAAAUUGUUCAGUUAUAAUAAUUUAAAUAAGUUUUAAAGAGUUGCGUAUAAUUUGUGAUAUUAGAAUUAUUUCUUGAUCUGUGAUUACUUAAAUAUUUCCUUUACAAUUAUUUUAGAUACUUUUGAGAGCUUUCCAUAGUAUAUAAUUUAUCAUAUAUUAUAAUAUAUUACAUAAAUAAUUAAUAAAUAAAUUGUAAUAAUUGUUUAGUCAAAUUAAUCAUAUAUUAUUUGAACUUUAUACCUGAAGCAUGCAAAAAUAAGUCAAAUGAUUUCUAAGUGUAUUUUGUGUACAGGGAAUAUUGAUGAAUGAUGUUAAGAUUAUAAUAUUAAUUAUUGUUUAAAAAGUAAAGUUAGACUCUUAAACUAAAAUAUUUGACUUGUUCUUACAAUUUUUGUAUAUUUUCACAUAUUAUCACAUUUUAAUAUUUAAAUUGUAAGCUUACAUUUUCUUAUGACACCAUAUGCACCAUAUAUUUUUACUGUAGUAAAAGUGUGCAAACUUAUUCAAUAAAUAUUUUAUUUUCCUUCUUACUAUUUAGAAAAUAAAAGAUAGUAACAAAUUAAUUGUAAUACAUUUUUAAUUAUGUAAUGAAUCAUAUCUUAGUUAUACUACUAUUUACUUAUGUAUUAAAUGUUUACAAAUUAUAGUUUUAAUAUCAAUAAUAUUAAUAUAGCUUUAUCUAUAAUUAAGAAAUGUUAUUUCAUAUUAAAUAUGUUCUCAUAAUUUAAAAUAAUAAAUACUAUAUUCAUCUGUUA